UGCGUCUUGAUACCUCAGCAGCACACACACAAUUGCCUAAGCUUCCAUUACGAGGCCUCGCACACUGAUCACCUCAGUUCGUUUGGGAUUUCAAGGCCUCUCGACAUGUCAAGGGUGUUGGAGCCUCUCGUUGUGGGGAAGGUGAUUGGUGAGGUGCUGGACAACUUCAACCCCACCGUGAAGAUGACCGCAACAUACAGCUCCAACAAGCAGGUGUUCAACGGCCAUGAAUUCUUCCCCUCGGCCAUCGCCGUGAAGCCGCGUGUCGAGGUCCAAGGAGGCGACCUUAGAUCCUUCUUCACAUUGGUGAUGACUGACCCUGAUGUGCCAGGACCCAGUGACCCGUACCUGAGGGAGCAUCUUCACUGGAUUGUUACUGAUAUUCCUGGGACUACUGAUGCUUCUUUUGGGAGGGAGAUGGUGAGCUAUGAGAGCCCAAGGCCAAACAUCGGCAUCCACAGGUUCAUCCUCGUGCUGUUCCGGCAGAAGAGCCGGAAUGCGGUGAGCGCUCCUUCGUCGAGGGACCGCUUCAACACCCGCCAGUUCGCCGAGGAGAACGACCUCGGCCUCCCCGUCGCCGCCGUCUACUUCAACGCGCAGCGCGAGACCGCUGCUCGCCGGCGCUAGCUAGCUCCAACAACGUCCUAGCUACUGAGUUACCUGAUCACGCGACAUGGAAAAACGAACAAACCAUUUAACUAGCUAGCCUUUCUCUGUUAGGCAUGCCCAAAAUGUCCAAAUAAAGACAGAACUGGCAAUUAAAUUAGCUGCUUUGCCUUGCUCGUGACAGCGUGUAUGAUGCGAGUAAAGCUGCUAGCUACACCAUUCUAGCUAGUACGUAAUCGUUGCACAUUUUAGCUAGUUUUUGUGAAGGUGACAAGAUGUUUGGAGAUACUGUUGCAGUGUUGAGUAGGCAAAGUGGAAGAUUUGGAGCAAUUAAUGGUUGGUCACGGAGUUACCUACGAGUCGGUCGAGUGGUGAAUGGAGGGAAAGAAAUGUGCAUGGCUAUCUCUCCUCUGACUUUUUUACCCAUGAUGGGUGGCGGUCUAGUUUGCGGAUUGAGUCUAUUUAGAGUUGUUCAUUUUCUUUCUAUGUAAUAAUUAAUUUUUAUCUCCUAUUUUUUUGGCUGA